AUGAGUCCAGCAGGGAGAUUACCUCCAUCCGUAGGGCAGACUCUAUCACCUACACCCGUCCUACGAUCUCCAGCUAUUCCAGGCGAACAAGUUCGGAGUCCCAGUCCAAAUUAUUUCGGUCUUGUUGUUGAACCAUCAAACAACCCUAGAGACUCUAACCCCCUGCCUAAAUCUCAUUGGAGUCCUAACACAUCUUCCAUAUUCUCAUUUGGUGGCGGCACGCCAGAACCUUCACCUUUAAACUCGAAUCCUGACUUUGAGGCUUUCAAAAAACAAUCAGAAUCUACGAAUAAGUUCAGUCUUAGUCAUGGUGGUCUAGCAAACUUCUCAAUGUCUCCAGGCCCUACCCUACUACGCUCAAAACCCGAGAGAAAGGCAUCAAGACUCGAUACACAUGAUAAUUCCUCUUCCCCCAGAUCCAUUCCAAGGAAUAGGGAUGUGCCAUCAAUGGCCGGUGAUGUUAAUGGUGGAGUCGAUUCAUCAUAUGAAUCUUCCUCGGAGCGCGCAUUUACAGCCUCAAUAAAUGCCCCUUCAUUUUUCGACUUGCCCCUCCAGACGUCACCCGCGGGUUCUUAUUCUUCAACGCUACCUAUGCAAAGGCACAACCUCCCACAUUUAGAUGAACGACACCCUAGACUUUCUCUGCCACAUAAACCAGAUCAUCCAUCUCCAAGGCUACAGCAGCGAGGCCAACAUCAGCGAGCGGAUACACUGCCAUUGAAUUUAGAAGAUGGGCCAGCCAUGAUCACGCCAGUACAGUUAAAAGAGAUGAUGGAUCGAUCACCUUCAAUAGAAGUAUUGCUCCUCGACUGCAGAACUUUCAGCAUCUUCUCACAAUCAAGAAUUGGUAAUGCCCUCAACAUGUGCAUACCAACAACCUUGUUAAAACGGCCCUCAUUCAAUCUUCAAAAGCUUCAAGAUACUUUCACAAAUGAACAGGAUAAAAUUAGAUUCUCAAAAUGGAAACAGGCGAAAUAUAUCAUUGCUUAUGAUAACAGAUCUUCUGACAAGAAAGAUGCUGCACUAGCUACUUAUACCCUCAAGAAGUUUACCAAUGAAGGCUGGAAUGGAGUAAAAUAUAUAUUGAAAGGUGGAUUUGAUACCUUUGCUCAAAGUUUCCCCAACUCGAUUGACUGGGGUUCAUCACAUUCCUCACAGCCAUCACGAAUAAACCUCACACUGGGAACAACACUAUCUGGGGUAAUACAAGUAGCUGGUGGAUGUGCCAUGCCAAUAACUAAGGACCCAAUGAAUCCAUUCUUUUCGAACAUUCGACAAAAUCAAGAUUUAAUUGAUGGUGUUGGUCAAAGAGACAUUGAGGUUCCUGAGGAUUUAGCUCAAGACUCAUCUGCAAUGAGUAUUGUUCCCAGAUGGUUGUCAAAGGCUGCGAAGAAAGAAGAUCAUGGCAAAAUUGUCUCGGACAGAUUUCUUCACAUUGAGAAAGCAGAGCAGGCAAGGAUGACGAGGGCAUUAAAAGAACAAGUUCGUUAUGGAAAUGGGCCAAUUUCCUGUAAGUCUAAUGAUGUCCGGAUUGCUGGUCUUGAGAAAGGCAGCAAGAACAGAUACAACAAUAUUUGGCCAUUCGAGCAUGCCAGAGUGAAACUCACGAACGAUGUGUGUGACUAUGUGAACGCAAGUCAUGUCAAGGCAUCAAGGAGUAAUAAACGUUAUAUUGCUUCCCAAGGACCCUUGCCUGAAACAUUUGGAGAUUUCUGGAGUGUGAUAUGGGACCAAGAUGUACGAGUUAUUGUCAUGUUGACUGCGGAAAGAGAAGACGGACAAUUGAAAUGUCACUCUUAUUGGUCUAGCCAUGAGUAUGGCCACCUCAAACUGAAGUUGAUAUCAGAAAAAAAGGUACACCUUGAUCCCAAUAGACAUCGAAACUCUACAGACCGACGAGAUUCUGGACGAAAGCGCGCAUGCACCAGUACUCAAACUACUCCUCUCUCUUCUACAGUAGAAGAUGUUCAUGUCAUCGUCCGAAAAUUUACACUUUCCCACGCCGCUCAUCUUUCGACGCCAGUGCGAGAGAUCACACAAGUACACUACUCCUCCUGGCCAGACUGUGCUUCCCCUGCAAAGCCUAGUCAUUUACUAGCUCUCAUUCAACUUACCAACUCUAUGCAACGCGCAUCCUCAUCCGCUAUCGAAACGCCUCGAUCAGGCAACCCAGAAGGAGAUAUUACUCGACCCAUGCUUGUCCAUUGUAGUGCUGGCUGUGGCCGCACAGGUACAUUCUGCACCAUCGACUCCGUCAUCGAUAUGUUAAAGCGUCAACGCAAAGAACAAAAACACGGAACCACUCCCAUGGAAUUUGAAUCGGCAAAUGAUGGAGAUUACCUGACUCAUGGAGGUAAGACUCGGCAAGCGGAAAUGGAUUGGAUCUUUGAUCAGGAUACGGAUCUGGUGGAAAAAACGGUCGAAGACUUUAGGUGUCAACGAUUGAGUAUGGUGCAGAAUUUGAUGCAGUAUGUUCUUUGUUAUGAAACGAUUCUGGAAUGGAUCUCGCAACAGGUGGUGAAUAGUGGGGUUGGGAGUGGGGGUGGGAUUCGGGGUGGGAUUAGUUGGGGUGGGAUAGGGAAUGAGAUUGGGAAUGGGAUAGGGAUGGGGAAUGGGAAUGGGAAUGGAAGAUGGAGGGUGGUCAGAGAUAGAGAUAGAAGUGGUAGUCUGGGUGGAGGUGGAGGUGGAGGUGAAAGUUAA